AUGGAGUCUCCCCCCUGGAUGGGCAACCCCGGCAGGACCGGUUUCAGACACUCUGGCGAUGAGCAUCGCGCAAAGAGGAGAAGAGGAAGAAACGUCGAUGUGAUCGCAUCACCUGCGUAUUACAACCCGCUUCCCACACCAGAGACUGUACGCAGGCCGCACAAGUCAAAACUUGCAUCCCAACCCGCCCACCCCCCUACACCUCAGACGCAGCGCCAUAUUCGCCGCGCGCCAUCCCCAAAUUUGGCUGCCGAUUCGCACCAUACCUCUCCCUCGAAUCAAGCCACAUCCGAUCCUUCAACCUACCAAACAGCCACCCGCCCUGAAAAGACGUCACGGCGCCGGCCGGGUCUGAUGUUUGCGCAGCAGAUGGGGUUGGUCGAUUCAAGAGGAGUCGGUGUAGGGAUGGGUGGGCAUAGAUUGGGACAUGCGAAAGGGGCGCUGAAGGCGGUAAAGGAGGAGGAGAAUCCGUUUUUGGUCUCGUCGGAUGCGCCACCCGCCAAACGUGCCUCAAUGGGAGCGGCGAUGGGUUUGGCAUCGCCUGGUGCGAUACAACGCCGAAGCGACGACGAGGAUUCACAUUCGGAUGCGGAUGAUGCACCUGCACCUUCCCGCCUCUCUCUACAAUCUCCAGCCACCGGUCUUCUCUCUCCCCCACCCACCAAACAUGCUCCACGCAUAUCCGACCCCUCUUCCCAGACUGUCCGCACCCGUGCCGAGCAGGCCUCAUCAUCCAAACAUGCCCGCCAAUCUAUCCCUCUCGACAUGCUCGACCCCGAACACAACCCUUUCCUCGAAGGCCCGUCCGAGCCCGCCCGCCGCCGUCCAGGCCCGAGCGUCGACGAAGACCAAGCCACGAUCACCUACAUCUUUCGCGGCGCCAAACGCGUGUUUGCCAACCCUCUCUACCACUCUUCAGCACCGUUCCCUCAGGCGGAUCUGCAGCCAGAAGAUGAAGAGUUUGAGCCCCAUCCUCUGCCGAAGCCGCGGCUCCUUUGGCCAGAGGGGCCGAAAGAAUCGGGUAAGAGGAUCAAUGUGCAGGAGAUUCGCCGGCGUGGGGCUCGUACACCCUCACCAGGGCCUUCUAAGCGCCUACUCUCAUAUUCCACAUCCGCCUCUCUCUUGACACCGACUACCUCCACAGCCAGGCGAUUCGGCAACGUGACCAGGGAUAGCCCAAAUUUUGGUGGUGGAAGCUCGGCAUUCACGGACGAGGAGCUCGAGCAGGAUGCAGAGGGGGAAGAGGAGGAGAGUGAUGAUGAUGAGCCGUUCAAGCCGCUAAAGUCGGCAGGGGCGAAGCUGGCAGAACUUGGGAAACGAGGGGAGGAGGAGGAGGAACUGCCUGUGAGGAGAGGUUUGCUGUUUGGCGCUGGGGCGGGGAUGAAGAGGGAUCGUGAUGGAGGCGAAGAAGGGAGAGUCAAGAGAAUGAAGGGUGCCGAGAGGCUGUAG